UGAUACUGCAAAGAGACCUUAUAAAUGUCAACUAUGUGAUAAAGCAUUCCUAAGAUCGAGUCAUUUGGAUCGUCAUAUGUUUGUUCAUACUGGGGAACGUCCUGAAAAAUGUAAAAUAUGUGGUAAGACAUUUACACGGUUGGAUAAUUUGAAUCAUCAUAUGCUCAUUCACACUGGAGAACGCCCCCACACAUGUAAAAUAUGCUGUAAGACAUUCACACAAUCAAGUACCUUGAAUGAACAUAUGCCAACUCACACUGAGGAACGUCCUAAAAAAUGUGAAAUAUGUGGCAAAACAUUCAAGCAAUCUAGAGACUUGAAAAGACAUAUGUUCAUUCACACUGAGGAACGUCCUUACAAAUGUACAAUAUGUGAUAAGGCAUUUGCACAAUCAAGUGUCUUGAAACGACAUAUGCUCAUUCACAUUGGGGAACUUUCUCAUAUUUGUAAAAUAUGUGGUAAGGCAUUCACACAGUUAAGUAAUUUGAAUAAACAUAUGCUCAUUCAUACAGGGGAGCGCUCUAAUAAAUGUACAAUAUGUGAUAAGACAUUCUCACGAUUGGAUAGUUUGAAACAACAUAUGCUCAUUCACACUGGGGAACGUCCUAACAAAUGUACAAUAUGUGAUAAGACUUUUACACAUUCGAGUAGCUUGAAACGACAUAUGCUCAUUCACACUGGGGAACGUCCUAACAAAUGUACAAUAUGUGAUAAGACUUUUACACAUUCGAGUAGCUUGAAACAACAUAUGCUCAUUCACACUGGGGAGCGUCCUAACAAAUGUACAAUAUGUGAUAAGACUUUUAGACAAUUGAGUAGCUUGAAUAGACAUAUGCUCGUUCACUCUAGGCAAAAUAUGUGAUAAGACAUUCACAGAUCCAAGUGUCUUGAAUAAGCAUAUGCAAAUUCACAUUGGUGACCGUCCACACAAAUGUAAGAUAUGCAAGAAGGCAUUCAUAUAUUUAUACAGCUUGACAGGACAUAUGUUGAUUCACAGUGGGGUAAUUGUAAGUAUUCAAUAAUGGAUUUACAUAAUCAGUAACAGAUACAUGACUGCUGAUAGAAAUAAUAAUAAUAAUUUUAUUGUAAUUUUUUGUAUCAACAAUAGGUUUUAUAUUUAUUUUGUAAACCAAAA